AUGUCUGAUACUUCCUCCGCCCAUGCCUGCGGGCCCUGUCGUGCUACCAAAGUGGGUUGUGACAAGUCGCGGCCGCGCUGCAUGCGAUGUCUUCGCAGGGGCCUGGACUGCUGCUAUGCGCCGAAAGCGGCGCCCCUCGGUCGGAAGGCUGGUCGAGUGACAAGGCGGAACCGUGUUCCUAAGGCCUGUCUGCGCUGUCGCCAGUUGAAGAUCAAAUGUGACCGGCAGCAGCCCUGCGGUCGCUGCAUCAAGGCCAACGGCGGCCGUGACUGUCACUAUCCAAGGCCGUCGACUGAGCCAGACAAGGAGUUUGUUCCACUGUGGAAGCAGACAUUUCAUAGUGGAAUCCACUGGUCGGGACUCAUUCAGAAUAUCCAGAGCCUGUUGAAGCAUCGUCGGUGGGCUGAAAACCAGGAGGCCGAUGAGCAUGUAACGUUCUCGUCUGGUGAUAACAUCUUUGGCAACAUCGGCCCUCUGUCGAGUGCACCGCGGAGAACGCUACUGUCUUAUAUCCCACCAAGAGAUGUCGCCCAGUCAUUUGUCGCGCAGUACCUGGACAGCGUUGAGCCAUUCCACCAGAUCCUCCAUGUUCCCACCUUCAAAGAGCAGCUCGAAGUCUUCUGGAGCAAGCCCGGAACUGUCGACGACGGAUGGCUGGCGCAGCUAUUCGCCAUCCUUGCUUUGGGCUGUCAGCUACACUGUAUAACUGCAUCAACCAGCAAGGACAUGGGGAUAUCGCCAGAUCGCCUAUUCGAAGGAGCCCAGGCGUGUCUGCAGCGAACGCCAUUCAUGAUACGGCCACAGCUGACCAGUAUUCGAGCCUUGUGUCUCUUCGUUAUCUUCAAACAGACCAAGGUCAUGAUGACGUGCGUCGAAUGCGACGCCCUCUGGCCUGCAACAGGCCUCAUCGUCCGACUUGCAGUAUUACUAGGACUUCACUCAACUGAUUCAGACCAACACCCGCAGUUCGAGUCCAGCGAAACCACCGUCCGAAACCGUCUCUGGGCGGCGGUCAUCCUGCUAGAUCUACGUCAGAGCCUCGCAGCCGGAAUGCCCAUAAUCCCACCAUCAAGCGAUCUCAUCGCAGAGCCUUUAUUCACAAUCCACCAGCAGAACCCUGCCACCGGAACUGGAACUGCAACAGACCUCAUCUUCCCCCUCGUCUACGACAUCCUCCCCCAGAUCUUCCGCAUCCUGGAGCUAGCCACCUCGCCCCAGGUAACCCUCGCAUACAGCCAAGUCGCCAGCUACGACCGCCAAAUCCGCGCCCUCCUCAAAUACCACGAAACCUCGUUCCUGACACAUCAACACGACGACGCCCGCUUCCAAUGGACCAUGACGAACGUCUUCUUCCGCCGCGUCCUCCUCGCCCUCCACAGCCGUCUCUACCAAGAACCAGACGCCCCGACUCGGUAUCCGGUGUCGUACUGGUCCUCGCUCGAAUGCAGCAUCUCCUUGCUCUCGACGCAGCGCGAGCUGUGGGAUACCUCCUCCCAAGCACCGUCUAGUUCAAAUCGAGAGGCAAAAACAGCAGGGUUCUUAGCCCGCCUCUUCAUCCAGGAAUUCUUCCUUGCCGUCGUGACGGUCUGUUUCCAUCUAGUCCAGGAACAGGCCCCACUUGUAUCUGGGAAUGGACUAUGGUGUCAGGGUCAUGCGCGGCGGACGAUACUGGAGCUGUUGCGCUCGUGUCGGGAUAUUUGGCGAGUGGAGAAGGGGGCGUCGGUUUGUCAUGGCAGGUCGUUUCGGAUGAUUGAUUCGAUGGUGAGGUUUUUGGAGGAGGGGUCUGGCGAGAGUGAGCAUGCGAAUGACGAGUGGGAGGGUGAGGUGGUGUGUACGUGUGCUAAAGAGGGGUGUGAGAUGUUUUCUCUGGAGUGGGUUGAUGGGGCUGGGGUAGAGAUUGCUGGAUUAGAGUGA